CUGAAAAUGUCUGAGAAUCCUGACAAGCCACAUUCAAAGGAAGAAAAGUUGAGUGGUUUGGAGAGUGAUCAAGAAGAGAGGUUGGACAAUCCAGAUCAGUCUAUCAGAAAAAGAAUACGGCAGAGUGCUCCAGGGACACACAGAGAUGAUACACCAAAGUCUAGUCCUCCUCGGCCUGUGUCAAUAGAAGAGCUCAUGGAAACAGCUAAGGGAGUGACCAACAUGGCGUUAGCACACGAAAUUGUUGUUAAUGGAGACUUCCAGAUAAAACCAGCAGAAUUACCAGAACACAGCUUAGAAAAAAAAGUGAGAGAUAUUGUGCAUAAAGCUUUCUGGGAUUGUCUGGAAGCUCAGCUAAAGGAAGAUCCACCAACAUAUGACCAUGCAAUUAAACUACUGGGAGAAAUUAAAGAGAAUCUCCUGUCUUUCUUACUGCCUGGUCAUACUAGACUGAGAAGCCAGAUCACAGAAGUUCUUGAUCUGGAUUUGAUAAAACAGGAGGCAGAGAAUGGGGCUCUUGACAUUUCUAAACUGGUUGAAUUUGUUAUUGGGAUGAUGGGGACUCUCUGUGCUCCAGCUCGAGAUGAAGAAAUCAAGAAACUGAGAGAUAUUCAUGAAAUAGUUCCUCUGUUCAGAGCAAUUUUCUCUGUAUUAGACCUAAUGAAAAUGGAUAUGGCAAACUUCGCUGUCAGUAGUAUUAGGCCAAAAUUAAUGCAGCAGUCUGCUGAAUAUGAAAGAAAGAAGUUUCAGGAGUUUCUUGAGAAACAGCCAAAUUCUUUAGACCUUGUCACAAGGUGGUUGCAAGAAGCAGCAGACGAUCUUGCGAAGCUGAGGUGUAAGAUGUUGCCUCCCCACUGUAGUAGCGAUGGUGCCACUGGUGGAGCUUCCCCCUUGUGCUCUACUGCUGUACAAAACCAGGCCUAUCUGAAGCUCCUAAAGUGGGAUCAUGCCAACAGGCCUUUCCCAGAAACAGUGCUGAUGGACCAGACCCGCUUUCAGGAAAUACAGCUGGAGCUGGAGCAACUCCUCUUGAUCGGGACAAUCCUUCUGGUCACAUUCAGUGCAGCAGGCUCAGCACUUGUGGAUAUGCCUGGAUUUGCUGAGAAAAUCAAAACCAUGGUGAAGGUGCUGCUGACAGGAAUGCAUCUGCCGUCCUUUAACCUGAAGGAGUCUCUGGCUACCAUCGGUGAAAAGGUGUGCGCUGAAGUGAACAGCUGCCUUUCGCAGCACGGCUUUACACCCUUCUCAGCCGAGAGAGAGGCUGUACUUAAAGGACAAAUCCAAGCCGUGGCCAAUCCGGAUAACAGCAUAUGCAAGCUCCUAGAUUCUCGAAUUCAAAAGUUGCUGGAGAAUUAUCUUGCAUCUAGUCACCAGAAAUCAUUACCUGCUGUUCCUGGAGGAUUAGGCCCUAUUCAAAGGGAGCUGGAAGAGAUUGCUGUCAAGUACGUUCGUCUUGUCAACUACAACAAAAUGGUCUUCAGCCCUUACUAUGACGCAGUCCUCGGCAAAAUACUGACCAAGGAGGAAUCGCGGCUUGUAGGGAAGUCAGAAGAAUCGUAA